CUCGUUUAAACUCUUUACUUUUCGUGUUCGUUCUUGGCCUGCGUGGGAUUCUGUAUUAGCGAUUGACCCUUAUUCCGACGGCUUUUCCUCUUACAAGAUGGAGGGCUUCGACAAUUCCGGAUCAGGCAACCAAGGAACUAUGUUGAUGACUCCAUAUUACACUCCAUACCAGAAGAAGGGGUUGAACAAUUCUGAUCUUCCCAUUGUCGAUAUUGACUUAUUUUCCGCCUCGGCUGGUGAUAGUUCUGGGGUUUCGUCAAAGCAGACUUCUAGAUCACCCUUUUCGUCUUCCCCAGACUCAGAAUCUGAAACCCCUGGUUCGUCCAUAAACCGUUACCAUGGCUUGCCAAUGAAUACUGAUGGCAAUGGAGUCCACCAGGAGAUUAAGCUGAAGGAAGAAUUUCUUGGUCUGGAGUCACAAAAGAAAAUAGGUGGGGGAGAUCAUAUGGAUAAUAUAUUGUGGGAAAAUGAUUGUACAAGUUAUCAGGAAUUGCUCUGCAAACUCGUUAAAACUGAGGAAGAGCUGAGUAAUGCAAAUUUAAAACUUCGGCUCUCGGAGAAGGAGGUUGUCAAUUCAAAGAGUCAGAUUGUGAAUUCUGAGGGUCAGCUCCAUCAUGUUCUAAAGGAAUUAAAAUUGAGGGAGGCUGAUCUUGAAUUUGAGAAAGAAAAGGUGCUGAAGUUGCAAAAUCAAACAUCUGAUUUGGAAACUCACGUUCAAGAUUGUUGCUGCAAGAUUGCAAAGUUGACUGAAGAACUAGCAGAAGCUAGAGAACAUCUUAGAGUAUCAAACGACGAGAUUGCAGGAUUAAAAAAUAAAUGUGAUGCUACUCAUGAAUUGCAAUGUCAGCUUGAACUGGCCCAACAAAAUGUUGCCGCAUUUGAGGCCCAGCUUGAUUCAGGGAGAAAUCAGAUUCGGGAGCUGGGAGAAAAAAUUAUAUGGUACAAAGGUAAUGAAAGCAAACGUGAACUUGAGGUGCAAAAUUUGAAGGCCGAAAUGCUUGAUGCCCAGGCAAAGUAUUCUUUGGAGAAAGAGCUUUUGCAGUCUGAUGUUUUAAAUUUGCCAGAAGCAAGAGCUCAGCUGGAUUCUGCACUCAAGGAAUGGGAGUUAAGAAGCCACUUGUUAGAAAAUAAACUCAGGCAGUGUGAAGGUGAAAAGUUGAAACUAGAAGAGCAAAAUGCAGCCCAAGAAAUGGUUUUACAAGGUGAAAUAAGUUGUUUGAAGGAAGAACUUGGUGAAAGAAGGCAUGAUAUUGAAGCUUUGAACAAGGAAAUUGACAGCCAUAAGCAUAAGUAUGAUAUGAUCGUGGCUGAAAACGAUGGAGCCAAUGCAAGGAUUCAUAAACUCAUAGCAGACGCGAGAACCCGAGACAACCAGAUUAAAAAUAUGGAGAAAGACCUUUGCCUGUUUCAUGCCCACCAUGAGGAGCUCAAAUCAAUAUCUGAAGCCAGACUUAAUGAAGUAAAUGAGUUGAAACUGAAAGUGGAACAGCUCGAGGUAGUGGUGGCUAGACAGAAAGCUGUAAUAUCAGAGAGAGCAGAGGAGAAGAGGGAGGCCAUACGGCAACUCUGCUAUGCACUUGAUCACUUCAAGAAUGGAUACCAAGAACUUCGUCAAGCAUUUACUGAGCAAAAGCGUCAUGCUGCUGUAACUUCCUAAGGUACAUUCAGUUGGGUAUCAUCAUCCAAUAUCAUAGAUGCUAAAGCUUUGCUUAUUAUCAUUUUUGCAUUCACUUUUCCUACAUCUGUGAGCAUAUCAACAUCAUAUGAUGUUGCCAAGCUUAUCACAAGGUAUCAAACAGUUAGAAUGAUGGUUGAAGUUCUGGAAUACUUCUGUUUCAUGGUAGUUGGGGUUAUUAAUGCUUGAAAAUUUAGUCCUCUUUAAGAUAUUUGAAGUUUGAACUGAGCCAUUAUGUACCGUUCAUUUGAACUCUGCUCGCUAGUCAAGUCAAACUCACUUGUGGUUGUGGUUGUGGGAA